GCUUAAAAAGACGGGAUCAAUUAUUGACAACUCGGACCGUUUAUAUUUAUUUCUAUUCCUUAAAAAAAUUAAAAAUCUUUAACAAACUAAAUCAUAAUUAUUAUAACUAUCGGAAAAACACAUAUAGAUUACAGGUAAUUACAAUUGUGCCCCGUUCUUAAUGGUACAAACAAUGACAACGGCAGUAACAACAACCCAGAAAAAGGUCGGAACUAGUAAUGCUCCACCAGGAGGCAUUCGGAAGAAAUCGGGGCCCAAGUUUGAGCUCACUGAAGAACAAAGAAGGGACAUAAAAGAAGCAUUUGAUUUAUUUGACACAGAAAAUACCGGAAAAAUUGAUACAAAGGAGCUAAAAGUUGCAAUUAGAGCCCUUGGUUUUGAACCCAGAAAAGAGGAAAUCAAAAAGAUGAUCGCAGAAAUUGAUAAAUCUGAUGGCAAAGUAUCAUUUGAAGAUUUUCUGGAGUUGAUGACAGUGAAGAUGGCAGAGAAGGAUACAAAGGAAGAAAUCAUGAAAGCUUUCAAAUUGUUUGAUGAUGAUGAAACUGGUAAAAUUUCAUUCAAGAACUUAAAGAGAGUGGCAAGGGAACUUGGAGAAAAUCUAACAGAUGAAGAGCUGCAUGAAAUGAUAGAUGAAGCAGACAGGGAUGGUGACGGAGAAAUCAACCAAGAUGAGUUCUUACGCAUCAUGAAGAAAACUAGUCUUUACUAGCUCACUAAAGUAAUUCGGCCUAUUUUUCAUACUUACUGUACUCUUGGAAGCACAAAUUAUAUUCUUCAAAGGGAUAAUGAAAUUAUAGCAGCUUCGGCGCCAUUCAUUUAUUAUGUAAGACUAUUUAGGAGGGAUCGAAAAUGUGUUAUUUUUUCUUACAAGGAGCUGGGAGGGGGUUUUCAUAGUAUCUCAAAAAUGCGAUAUAUAUUUUUUCUAUGGAAUUAUGACGUUUAAUUUAAUACUUAUCAAACACGGAAAAUGAAUGGCGCCUUAGGAGAAGAAACUUGCAACAAGUUAUUGGUAUAGUUACCUAUAUUUUUAUAUAAGUGUUGGAAAGGAAUGAUACAUAUUAUAAGCACAGGACAAAUGAAUCAGUUAAAAUUAGUAGUUUAAUGGGUAGAACUUGACUAUUACCUACUUAAAGUAUUCUAUCAACUUCUUAGCCAUUUAGCCAGACUUGGUUAUCUCUGAAACCUUGAGUCUGAACAGAUGAGAUGAGUGAUUUAGUGUGUCUCUAUCAAGAUAUUCAAGAUCCAAUGAGCCUUUAUAAAACUGCACGUUAGCUGUUUUAAUAACCAAAGACUAUCUGUAUAAGUUUAAAUAAGUUUUGUACCUAAUAUCAAACCAUAGUUUAAAAUAAGUUUUGUAAUAUCAAACUAUCGAAUUAUUAAAAUAAUGAUAAAUAAGGAUUCACCUUCUCAUUUUAGGAACAAAUUUAUUUAUGUAACUUUUACAAAUUUGGCAAACUUAAUUAUAUCCAUAACAUUUUUGAAUGAUUCACGGUUAGUUUCACUAGACUUACAUCAACCAGGAUAAUUUUAUAAUUUAGAAAUGCAUGUUUUUAAAUCAUACAUCACAUCAAUCACACAUGCCAGUAUUUAAAACAUUCCAUGUUUGUCAUUUGAUUGUGAAAUUUAAGAUAUUUUAAGCUAUAAAUAAUAACAUUAUUUGUAACUAAGUACAUACUUACCAGAUCUGAAGGAACAAACUUAAAUACAUGUGUAUUGUUUAUUUCGUAAAUGCAUUGUUUACUGUACCUAUAGGUGUGAAAAUGUAGAAUAAAAUAUAUGGCACCUGA